AGGAAUAGCGGGUUUUUGACAAUAGCUACUAGGGCAAUCUCUCAAUCUUGACAAUACCUACUAGGGCAAAACAAGAUGAUUCCCAGAGUACAAUCGAUUGUGAAGAAUCGAUCAGGAGAACCGGCCGCCAUAAAGGUCGUAGACGCUUCGUUCCUCUCCGGAAAGAAGAGUCUCACGGAGGUGGUCCUGCCGCCAGAACGCGUCUACACCUUUGGCCAGAUCACUGAUCUGGACUCGGCCCUUCUGGGCCAGUUCGGAUCGGUGAUCUGCGCCAAGGUGAAACCGUCGCUGCGCAUCGAGGAGGGAUGCUUUUCCGAGGUGGUCUUUAAGACCACCAAACGAGAUGGAAAAAAGAAAAGCGACGGGCGGCAGGCCACCUACGAGGCGUAUGUGGCGUUGCAGGCAGCCAUAUGGCGGCCGAGAGGGUAACUCUGAUGUUUUUAGGUGAUCAACUUGCAGAAAAUGUGACUGAAAAAGACAAAGAGACCAUGGUGGUUCUUCGGUUUAUUGUGGUGAGGAUUUCAUGAUUUUUCAUGAUUGUUAUUGUUUAUCUUUAUCGGUGAUAAAACAAAAAAAUAAACGCACAGUGUUAUCGCGCCGGUGUGGCUCUACCUGGACGAAACGUCAGUGCAUAUGGGAACCGUUCGUAUGAACGUGUUCAGAUAUCAUUUGAAAUUUCCCAACGCACGGAAACAGAUGCAAGCAUACUUCUAACUUUACAUUUCACAAGUACUUUAAACCCAAUGAAUUGCAGCGUAAUAAAUUAACGGGCUCGGUCUGGAAUAGUACCUCUUCUAGAUCUAGAGAAGAGAGUACAUCGGUGCUGUACUUUCUAGAAGCUGGAAGCAGGGUGCACGUGCCAUGUAGCAAGUCUUGUCAUGCGUGUUUGCACAUUUAUAGGUCACGCACAGACUCUUACACCACGCGUUUUUGUGCAGGUCCUCGCGGCUCAUUUCAGUGUUCCGUGUCGUCUUUUUCUUUGCGGUGUGGGAUAUUUUCAAUUUGAUGCUACCUCGAAACCAUUGCCAGACGUCAGACGGUGGAUGAAGACCUUUCUGCAAGACCUGCUGUCCGGGUUGUCGUGGCUACACCAAAACGGCGUGGUGCACUGGGAUGUCAGGUUGUGCAACCUGCUGUGGAUCUUCUUGACUGUAGGAAAGGGAAAGUGCUUUGCACUACUGUGACUCUGCCAUGCGUUGCGAAAGAAAGAGAGCGUCCUCUUUUUCGAACGAAGAGCAGGUAGGCAUGAGUUGAAUCCUCUUGCACAGCCUCCUUUCAGCCUUUCUAUUUUUUUGCUGGCGGAGAGAAAAAUACACGCGCAGUUGUAUAAUUUUUAGGAAAGUUUUCAAGUGACAAUGUGACUUGACAACUUUCGGGAACAAGGAGGCGGCUUGCAGAAUGCAUGCCGGGAUAUGCAAGCAUCACUUUCGCGAAACAGGUGUGUGCACUUUCGCUUUCGAUAGUAGAGUACCCAAAUCAAGUGCCAGCUCACAGACCUGGGAAACGUGCGACCGAAGACCAGUAUAUGACUUGAUUACCUCUUGUUGUCAUGCAUAGAAAAGAUGGCGUUGGUAGUUGUGUACUCGCUUGACGACACGGAAAAGACGCAAUUUUGAUGCCAAAAAAAAAUCAAAAUGCUUGACCGCACUUCAUAUCACAGGUCCGCCAUUGAGGUUACCGGAGGGCUCGACGUUCCCUGAUUUCUGGGUUAUGCAAUUGAUUCACGUACUAAAUACAACUGUGAUGUGGUGUGUGAUUCUUUGCGCCGUUGCGCCCACUCCGUAUUCGUUGGCAAGUCGUGUCUUGCUUUUUUGAGGAUCAAAUGAUGAUGAUGAUUAUGAUACGACGGACAACAGCAUUCAAAAUGAUGCUGCACAACCAAAGCGUAGCGCGUGGAGAAUUGUUCUUCACUGGGCUAUUCUAUCUAGCACCCCUCGUAAAUAUCUAUUUUUCGUAACAAACCUGAAUCGGACAACAGCGACAAACGCAACUGCAUGCAGCCACAUCACACUGGCAGAGGGGGGUUUUUCGCUGUCAUACCCAACGCCGAUACGUCAUCAACGCCGGAGCGAGCUUGUGCCCACGAUGUGGCUCAACUCGGCCUGUGCGCCAUGUAUGGAAUGCAAAUAAACUAAUGUCAGCGUCUGAACUUGCGUAAGUAAGCAACGUAGCUGCGUUUUGUCUUCGUGCUGCAUUACUAAUUUCACUUUUGUAUUAUUGUAAGUUGUACUUUCAGUUUCUGUUGGUGUUGUUUUCGCAAGUUCAAGUUCAGACAGCACCAACACCCAUUUACACUGCAUACUAGCGCGCAGGCCCUCGAGUCGCAGGUUACUAUCCUGGAGCCGGUUAAGAACGACAAGCUCGCCGCAGAGCGUCUGUUGCGCACUUUCCGCCGGACCGCCGCCGCACAGCGCGUGAAGGCGAAAGUGGGGCCCGUGGGGGACCUGUUGUUGGACAUGAUCUGCCUCGACCCGGCUGCUCGCGUGACCAUCCCGAGAGCGCUUGAGCAGCUCGGUGAGAAGGACAUCGAAACACUACCCUCAAUGUAUAGCCUAUUUGAUGUAAUUGUCAUGCUAUGUUUGUGCGUAGCUUUCGGAUUUUGGCAUUCUGGCAAUUUCUUGUUUUCUAGCUUUCUUGAAAUCAAAGUGCACAGCACUGCAUGUCACUGUGAAAUAAUGAUCUUCGCAGGUUUGCGCCGUUGGAGUCGAUUGAGCCACAGAUGCUGGACCACUUGGUGCGGGCUAUGCCGGCAGCGCCGCGACCGGAGGAGCUGGUGGAUUUUGAGCUCGAAACCAGGACCCGGUACAUGAACCAGGAGCUCGAAGCAAAACGCGAAGCACAGAAGGAAGUGACCGCCAGCGCGGUGGCGGUCAACGACAGCCGGCCACUGGGGAAGCCCCGUUACGAUAUGGCCAAGGCGUUCCUGCGGGUAAAAAGUAAAACUUGAUCAUGGAAAGAAAGAGAAUGAAAUAGUGCUGAGGUUCUAUUUGUAUUUCGAUUUUGAUCUAGUACUGCAUGGGGACUAUGAUAAUGAAUACACCGAAAAUGAAUGUUACUCUUCAGUCCAUCAUCACCACGAAGAGCAGGCACCGAAAGGACGGGCAGCGGUUCUAUGAUGCCAAAUCUUCGAAGACGCGAUACCUGCACGGGAUUUAUGUGGAAAAAGUAUCAUUUCGAAAAGUAUCAUUUCGACCAAUGAAAAUAGUAAGAAGAUGCUGGCGUGGAGUGCGAAUGACGGUUGCAACUAUGGACGACGUCGGGAGGCAGUGGGGCUAUAGCAGCCUCACAAAAAUCUCCAGCGAGGACGAGAUCAACAGGACACGGCGAAGAAUAUCCUGGAGGCAAGACAGGGAAAUACGGCGAAAGCUGCAGGAUGCUAGUCAUUUGGUCAUCGCAACGGACGGGAGCGCCAAAGCAGGAGAAGGAACCCGCGGCGGCUGUGGCGGGGCCACAUGGUGGGCGAGCGAGCUGCACUGCGAGCACGAGAUUAACGAAGAUUUUGCAGAUUGGUAUCCGGUAGAACCAAUUUGCACUAGCACGGCAGUGGUCGAAUCUCCGAUAAAAGACGCCCAAGUGGACAGUUUUGACGCUGAGACGUUUGCCCUAGUAAGUCAAAUAAAGAAGACGGAAGCACAUCUAAAAGAGCAUAAAAUACAACACCUAAUAAAAAAAGUUUCCUUUUACUUGGAUCCAAAUAGUGUGCUGGAAGGGCUUGCAAAUAUGCAUGAGAAAUCGAACAUAAUGUUUUUUCACAUUAUAAAUGCCCUGGAAGGUCUUCGUGACACAUGCAUGAAAUCGCACUGCAAGUUUGGGCAUUCUGAUGAGAGUCUACCUGCUAUUGCACCAGAAUCAGAGAUAGAGUUCGAAUUUAUCUGGAACGCAGGACAUAGCGGGCUCUUUUUCAAUGAUCUUGUUGACAGUCUUGCAAACGAAGCGGAAGAUAGGCAUGAAAGAGCUAUAGAGGCAGGAAUACACUCACAAGUGUACCGCAAAGAAAUAACAGCGUCAAUACUAAGAAGAAUAUUAACAAACCGCAUAAGAUACUGGCUAGGAAUCACCGAGCUCGAGCCUACGAGUGCCCCGCAGCUGGUGGAAAGGGCGAGAGAAUUUGGCGCAUUCAGACCGAAAGCAGGCACCUUCCCAACGCGGUAUCUGGAGCUGCUGUAUUUCUAUUUGUUCUCUGGAGUAGUGCCAAGUGGCAUUUUGGGCGCAGGAGAAGCUAGGCAUGAAGAUCAUGAAGAGAAUCCUGAAGUAAAAAAUUACUUCCAAGUGUGUCAACUCUGUGAAGAAGAAACCGAAGGACAUGCAACGCAUUUGGUCAUGGAGUGUCAGUGUCCUGCAGCUGUGGCAGCUAGGCAUGAAGUAUACGGCUGCGGGGAGCUGCCGCUAGACAUCAAGAGUCAAAAGGAGGUUUUCAAUGGCCCACAAAAAGUUUUCAAAUUCCUGCACGAGACAAACAAAAGGAAAAAAUUCCUAAAAAAUUUUGCAUGUGAACAGAUUGAGAAAAAUCUAAAUUUCAUACGACCCAGAAUGACAGCGGACACGAAAACCAAAACGAAAGUGGACAACACAUACGAGAAGCUUGGGUGGAAGUAUAACAGUAUAAGUAGAGAAAUGCUAUCAUCCGUGCAAACUAGUACUACAAAUCCAGUAGCAGACGAGAUUAGAGACAGAUACAACAAGAAUUUAGAAGCUGUGGCUGCAGCAGUAGCUGAAAGAAAAAAAUAA